GGGAACUGCAGUAGGCUUCGUUGAUAAGAGUAAUCGUGAAAUGUGCUUCAAAAAGAAAACUGGAAUCCCAAUAUCAAGUUACGAGUCAUUAUAUGAAACUGAGCGGCACUGUACGGAUGUUACGUUUCUCUUACUGAAGGCGAUAUUCCUAAUAGGUUUGUUUGUUCUUAUUGCGCUAUGUUUCCCUCGAUCGGAUAUUUAUCGCAUCAUCAACGGCUAUGACGACUGUGGAAAUGUCUGUGGUCGCGAAAAUGUACAGAUUAUGGACCUACUUUGUUCUGGAAAAAAUAUGAUCUCCAAGAAAUAUCUACUGUUGAUCGUCAUCGAUUCCGUCACGGAACCUGCUCGAAGAUGUGUUUCCGAUUGCGAUGCUGAUGGUGGAUACAAAUUAUUCUUCAACCGUUGCAUUCGAUUCGAUCCUCUCCUGCGGGAACGUGCUCCCCAGGGCUUCCUCGAUGAACUGUGGCAAGACGUGGAGCUGUUCCGCUUGAGUAUUCUCUGGCUGUGCCUGUUGGGAUUCUUCAGUUCACUGCUGGUGUUAGCAUUGCUGUGGUACAUUCCUCGGAUCCUCAUUUGGACGUUGGUGUUCGGAACGAUUGUGAUAUGUGUGGCAGGAACCGGCUGGUUUUGGAUCCAGUGGCAUCUGGAGAGUGGUGCCAGCCGAUGGUUGUACUUUGCGUUGGGGUCUAGUGUGGUGUGUAUCUUGAUUGGAGUAUUUUUGGCGGCCGUUUGGAAGAAGGUCACCCUGAUGGUGCAACUGCUUCAUGAAUCCGGACUAGCGCUGAAGAGCAUGGUUUUCUUGAUUUUUUUGCCAGUAUUGACCAUUUUAAUCAUGACUGCCAUGCUAGGCACCAGUCUCUACCUAGGGCUUUUGAUCGAAAGUUGCGGUUCUGCAGCUGUGGUUGGUUCAAGUGUACACUACGUUAAGGAUUCCCUGGCAGUACUCACACGGUGGUACAAUUUCAUGGCCUUGAUUUGGUUCUAUCACUUCCUGUUGGGAUGUCAGCAUGCGGUAACCGCAGGAGCGAUCACUCAAUGGUAUUUUACUAGACAGGACGACCGACUCCAAAACGUACAGAGUAGAAGCUUCACAAUGCUAGUUCGAUACCACCUUGGAACGGUUGCAUUGGGGUCUUUCUUGUUGGCUGUUUUGCUGCUGUUUCAAUGGAUGUUGAAAAUUAUGCGGCUGAUAACAAGAAAUUCAAGAUCUAACCGACGCAAGUGUUGCUGUCUCUAUUGCUGCCAAUGUUGUGUGGGAUGCCUCCAAUCCCUACUGGAUCCCAUCACAAGGAAAGCCUAUAUUUUUACCGCACUUUAUGGUCAAUCGUUUUUCACGGCUGGAAAAAGAGUGGCAAAAAUGUAUGCGGAAAAUUCGGGACAAAUGUUCGCCGUUGACAUCAUUGGAAGUAUCAUUUUCAUACUGGCCCAACUUUCGGUUCUGGUUCUGGUUGGAUUCAUUGGCGUGAGGCUGGUUCAAAACCAUGCCGAAUUGUAUCAUCCCUAUGUGCUGUUGGCGAUUGUUCUAAUGAUCGUUUAUCUGAUUACGCAUUGCUGUAUGCUGAUGUAUAAGAUAUCAAUCGAUGGUGUAUACCUUUGCUUUUGCAUUGACACAGAAAUGAACAAUGGUGUUGAACGACCUUACUUCAUGUCCGAACAGUUGCAGAAGUUUAUCCAGGGUACAGCCAAGUCCAUACGACCACCAAGAUUGCGUACAAGAAGCAAUCCACAGCAAGAGCAACAAAUUUGAAGAGAGUAACCAAAUCUUGGAAUUAAAAUAAUUUCAGUAGAUAGAAGGUUUUAGAAAU